CACUGAGAUACAGAGCAGCGGCUGCGAACAGCUGAGACACUGAUUUGUCCAAACCCAAAGACUGCGUUGUAAGCGAAGAGCGCCGCUCACGCUUAGACUGAGUUAAGCGCUUUGAUAGGCAAACGACUUAAGUUAGUCAAUCGUAAAACGCGGUCUGGUAAAGAAGUGUGCAUUAGUAGAUUUGUGCUCGGUUUGUGACGGCGAGUUAAUAACUUUGAUAUUUGAAGAUAUUGUGGAAUUUAUUGACAUUUGCAUACGAAAUCGCUGAUUGCACAUAAGUAGCCAAGUAAUCGAGACGAUUCGAAUCGCGUGUGAAAGUCUACUUGACAACCUCGAAGAAGCAAUUUAAGAUGUCGAAAUUAACGAAAACAGCGCGCACUUGUUUCGAUAUUUUCAUAUUCCUUGCGGCAUGUUUCAUGCUCUUUGCAAUAUUAAAGUGGUUCCAGCCUUUUCGACGGGGCUUCUUCUGCCACGAUGAAUCAUUGCAGUAUCCGUUCCUGCAAAGCACAAUCGGAUCAUCAGUAGUGUUACUUAUUUCAUUGGGAGUACCUUGUCUCGUUAUUUUAACUGUGGAACUGUUCAAACGACUUAACAAUACAGCAUGCAAAAGAAAACCCAACGCUGGUACAGGUUGUCGUAUUGGCUACCGCCUAUUGCAGUGCUACAAACACGUAGGAAUAUUUCUUUUUGGUUUUGCUUUGACAAUAACUGCUACAAUGAUUACCAAACAUUCAACAGGACGCUUGCGUCCACAUUUCUUUGCUGUGUGUCAACCAGAACUGCCAGACGGUACCAACUGCUCAAACACUACCAACUUCGGACGCUACAUCACUGAUUAUACAUGCAAGAACUCAAAUGCCACAGCGCAUAUGAUAUCGGAAGCAACUGUCUCCUUCCCGAGUGGUCACGCGAGUCUCAUGUUCUAUGCUAUGCUAUAUGUGUCCAUAUACUUGCAGUCGACGCUUAGUACACGUGCUUCCAAGCUACUUAAGCAUUUAUUGCAAUUCAUUUUCAUAAUGCUCGCUUGGUAUGUCUCACUGACACGUGUCGCCGAUUAUCAUCAUCACUGGUCAGAUGUAUUGGCCGGUGCUUCGCUGGGUGCGUUACUAGCCGUACUCGUUGCGGUAUUCGUUGCUGAGUUUUUCAAUUGCGUAAGACCUAACCAGAGGCCACAAAUUAGACCUUCAACCUCGACCACAUCGUCUGCGAAAUCAGCGACACCUGUGCUGCCCGCUUACACCUUCGGCAGCAUACCAUAUUUACACCAUCCACACCAGUACGGCCAAACAUAUCACAACUAUGGCUAUGUGCCAUGACGGGAAUAGAGGCGCUACAUCUUCACAAUUUGUAACUGCUUUACGUAAUUAGACUUAGAAGUACAAGAAUUUUGUGUUCGUUGCAACUUUUUAUUUAUUCACAUUUUUAUUAUUUUAUUCAUCGAAUUU